CCUCUCUAGGAAGCAACGCCUGUGCAUCCCGGCCUUGCAGCCUGCUGUGCCUGCCCAAGGCCGACGGCAGCAGGAGCUGCCGGUGUCCAGACGGCGUGUCCAGCAGUGUCCUCCCGUCCGGGGACCUGAUGUGCGAGUGCCCUCACGGCUACCAGCUGAAGAACCACACGUGUGUCAAAGAAGAGAACACCUGUCUCCGCAACCAGUAUCGGUGCAACAACGGGAAGUGUAUCAACAGCAUCUGGUGGUGUGAUUUUGACAAUGACUGCGGAGACAUGAGCGACGAGAGAAACUGCCCAACCACUGUCUGUGACCUGGACACCCAGUUCCGCUGCCAUGAGUCUGGGACCUGUAUCCCCCUCUCCUACAAGUGUGACCUUGAGGAUGACUGUGGCGACAACAGCGAUGAAAGUCACUGUGAAAUGCACCAGUGUCGGGGCGACGAAUACAGCUGCAGCUCUGGCAUGUGCAUCCGCUCCUCCUGGGUGUGCGAUGGGGAUAACGACUGCAGGGACUGGUCUGAUGAAGCCAACUGUACUGCCAUCUAUCACACCUGUGAGGCCUCCAACUUCCAGUGUCGAAACGGGCACUGCAUCCCCCAGCGCUGGGCGUGUGAUGGUGACAUGGAUUGCCAAGACGGCUCUGACGAGGAUCCGGACAACUGUGAGAAGAAAUGCAACGGGUUCCGCUGCCCAAAUGGCACCUGCAUCCCAUCCAGCAAACACUGCGACGGUCUGCACGACUGCUCGGACGGCUCGGACGAACAGCACUGCGAGCCCCUGUGUACUCGCUUCAUGGACUUUGUGUGUAAGAACCGCCAGCAGUGCCUCUUCCAGUCCAUGGUGUGUGACGGCAUCAUCCAGUGCCGGGAUGGCUCUGACGAGGACCCGGAGUUCGCAGGAUGCUCCCGAGACCCCGAGUUCCACAAGGUGUGUGACGAGUUCAGCUUCCAGUGUCAGAAUGGAGUAUGCAUCAGUUUGAUCUGGAAGUGUGAUGGGAUGGAUGACUGUGGCGAUGACUCCGACGAAGCCAACUGUGAAAACCCCACCGAGGCCCCCACCUGCUCCCGCUACUUCCAGUUCCAGUGCGAGAAUGGGCACUGCAUCCCCAACAGGUGGAAAUGCGACCGGGAGAACGACUGCGGGGACUGGUCUGAUGAGAAGGACUGCGGAGAUUCACAUGUUCUUCCCACCCCCACUCCCGGGCCCUCCACGUGUCUGCCCAAUUACUAUCGGUGCAGCAGUGGGGCCUGCGUGAUGGACAGCUGGGUGUGCGACGGAUAUCGAGACUGUGUAGACGGCUCUGACGAGGAGGCCUGCCCCUCGCCCGCCAGUGUGACUGCUGCCUCCACUCCCACCCAGCUUGGGCGGUGCGACCGGUUUGAGUUCGAGUGCCGCCAGCCAAAGAAGUGUAUCCCCAACUGGAGGCGCUGUGAUGGCCACCGGGAUUGCCAGGAUGGCCAGGACGAGGCCAACUGCCCCACGCGCAGCACCCUGACCUGCACAGCCCUGGAGUUCCAAUGCCAGGACGGUGAGGCCUGCAUCAUGCUCUCCGAGCGCUGCGAUGGCUUCCUGGACUGCUCGGACGAGAGCGACGAACGCGCCUGCAGUGAGGAAUUAAAUGUAUACAAAAUACAGAAUCUUCAAUGGACAGCGGACUUCUCUGGGGAUGUAACUUUGACCUGGAUACGGCCCAAGAAGAUGCCCUCUGCUUCUUGUGUGUAUAACGUCUACUACAGGGUGGUUGGAGAGAGCAUAUGGAAUACUCUGGAGACCCAUAGCAAUAAAACAAGCACAGUAUUGAAAGUCCUGAAGCCAGACACCACAUAUCAGGUCAAAGUCCAGGUCCAGUGUCUGAGCAAGGUGCACAGUACCAACGACUUCGUGACCCUGAGGACUCCCGAAGGAUUGCCAGACGCUCCUCAGAACCUCCAGCUGUCACUCCACAGGGAAGUAGAAGGCGUGAUCAUGGGCCACUGGGCCCCUCCCGUCCACACCCAUGGCCUCGUUCGGGAGUACAUUGUAGAAUACAGCAGGAGUGGUUCCAAGAUGUGGGCCUCCCAGAGAGCUCUUAGCAACUUUACAGAAAUAAGGAACCUACUGGUCAACACUCAGUACACGGUCAGAGUGGCUGCGGUGACCAGUCGUGGAAUAGGAAAUUGGAGCGAUUCUAAAUCCAUUACCACCAUAAAAGGACAAGUGAUCCCACCACCAGACAUCCGCAUUGACAGCUACGGUGAAAAUUUCCUAAGCUUUACCCUCUCCAUGGACACGGACAUCAAGGUGAAUGGCUAUGUGGUGAACCUCUUCUGGUCAUUUGACACCCACAGACAGGAGAAGAGAACGCUGAACUUCCGAGGGACCGUCUUGUCACAGAAAGUUGGCAACCUGACAGCUCAUACGCCCUACGAGAUUUCUGCCUGGGCCAAGACCGACCUGGGGGACAGUCCUCUGGCAUUCAAGCGUGUCACAACCAGAGGUGUCCGCCCACCCGCCCCGAGCCUCAAAGCCAAGGCCAUCAAUCAGACGGCAGUGGAAUGCACCUGGACGGGCCCCAGGAAUGUGGUUUACGGUAUCUUCUAUGCCACGUCCUUUCUUGACCUCUAUCGCAACCCCAAGAGCUUGACUACUUCGCAGCACAACAGAACAGUCCUUGUCAGUGGGGACGAGCAAUAUUUGUUUCUGGUCCGGGUGGUGGUGCCUUACCAGGGGCCGUCCUCUGACUAUGUUGUGGUGAGGAUGAUCCCAGAUAGCAGGCUUCCUCCCCGUCACCUGCACGUGGUCCACAUGGGCAAAACCUCUGCUGUUAUCAAGUGGGAAUCCCCGUACGAUUCUCCGGACCAGGACCUGUUAUAUGCAAUUGCAGUUAAAGAUCUAAUAAGAAAGAGUGAGAGGAGCUACAAGGUGAAAUCCCGCAACAGUACCGUGGAAUACACGCUGAACAAGUUGGAGCCUGGAGGGAAAUAUCACAUCAUUGUCCAGCUGGGGAACAUGAGCAAAGACUCCAGUAUCAAAAUUACCACGGUUUCAUUAUUAGCACCUGAUGCCUUAAAAAUCAUAACAGAAAAUGACCACGUCCUUCUGUUUUGGAAAAGCCUAGCUUUGAAAGAAAAGUAUUUUAAUGAAAGCAGGGGCUACGAGAUACACAUGUUUGAUAGUGUCAUGAAUAUCUCAGCUUACCUUGGGAAUACUACUGACAAUUUCUUUAAAAUUUCCAACUUGAAAUUGGGUCAUAAUUAUACUUUCACUGUCCAAGCCCGAUGUCUUUUCGGCAGCCAGAUCUGUGGGGAGCCUGCAGUCCUGCUCUAUGAUGAGUUGGGGUCUGGUGGCUCUGCGUCAGCGAUCCAGGCCGCCAGAUCUACCGAUGUCGCUGCCGUGGUGGUCCCCAUCCUGUUCCUGGUCCUGCUGAGCCUGGGUGUCGGCUUCGCCGUCCUGUACGCAAAGCACCGGAGGCUACAGAGCAGCUUCACGGCUUUUGCCAACAGCCACUACAGCUCCAGGCUGGGCUCGGCCAUCUUCUCCUCGGGGGAUGACCUGGGGGAGGACGAUGAAGAUGCUCCGAUGAUAACUGGAUUUUCUGACGACGUCCCCAUGGUGAUAGCCUGAAAGAGCUUUCCUCACUAGAAACCAAAUGUUGUAAAUAUUUUAUUUGAUAAAGAUAGUUGAUGGUUUAUUUUAAAAGAUGCACUUUGAGUUGCAAUAUGUUAUUUUUAUAUGGGCCAAAAACAAAACAAAAAAAAAAGAAAGAAAAGAAAGGAAUGAAUAAACUUUGUCGUAAUCAACUGUGAACUUCAAACCAGGUUGAUUUUAGUAACCAAAUUGCUUUGAUUUGAUAUUAAUAUAGUCUUACACGGCUGUGCUUACUGGGCAUGCUUUUAAGUCUGUGAGAUUAUUUUGGUUCAAUAAAUUGGCCAUUCUUUUUAUUUUUCUAAGACGCAGAAAUGUAUUUAAUAAAGACUUCAAGAGAGAGUGAUGGAUAGAACCCCUCCUCCUUGAAAGUAAGCUCAAAUUUAAAUUUUUGUUUGCAGGUAGUUUAUACGAAAGUAUUUAGGUGUAUGAAGGGGGGACAUUUAUUUUAGUUUGCUAAUUUAUUGGGACUCUUAUGUAGGGCCAGGCUUCAGUGGUCAUCUGACACCACAAAAUUUACGAGCACCCCUGCCUGCAGGGUUGGACAAUGAGGAGCAGAAGCAGUUUUGUUGCCAUUCCGGAAACAAUCCAUUUUUAUCCGCUCGUGUGUCACACAAUGGUGUUUGGCAGAAGAGCCUGUUGAGCCGUUGCUCCAUUUCCGCUAAACAGAGCUGCAGCUUGGGAAGCCCUGCAAGCGGCCUUCUUCUCUUAGGCUAGUGGAUGGACUCUCGCUGCACACACCUCUGUGCAAGACGUAGCUUUCACAGCUACAGAGUAAUAACACUGCGUUAUUCUACACUGGUAUCAUUGUCAUUGCAAAAAAGUACUCUGGCUGUGGGAAAGAAUUCUAGAUCUGUGCCAUGAUAGCUACACUGGCAGAUUUUUCCUUUUGUGGGGGAUUUUAUUUUAUUUUUUGGUUUGCUUUAACUUACCACUGGAGAAUCUCAAAUGGAAAGUUUUAUGUUUGUGUUGAGGUGGCCGCUUACUGUCCUUAAAAAUCCAUACUGAUAUAUGCAGUCACUUUGGAUUGGGUCAGUGCCUUCUCUCUCUCUUUUUUUUUAAAUUCUCUUCUUCCACCUCCCUCGCCUGUACCCCUGCCCAAUUUUAAGAGAAAAUGCUAUGCACUCUUAGAGGAGAUGUGUGAAUUCGAGACCAUUCACUCUAGCUCACAGUAGCAGCAGUGCUAGCACUGAUGUUCUUUGUAAGAUAAGCUGGGCUGUAUACUUCUGCCUUUCAAUGCCUCCCCUGUAUUCAAACCAUGGCCUCUUGGUAGGUAUGUGGGAUCCACUGGGGACUGAUGCCCGCUCUUGAGACCUACUGUUGUCAGCCUCAGUGUAUAGGAUUGUUGUGAUGCCUACUGUAUGCACCUCACUGCAGAAGUUCUUCCCAGCUGAGAAGCAGUGAGCUCUGGGGCCAUUCCAAAGUCAUGCUUUGGCGUAAUGUCCCUUACCUGCAGGCUUUGUCAAAGCCCCAUCUCCUCCUCGAUGCAACACAUCACCCUCUCGCAAGUCUUUGCUUUCUUUUAACCAAGAGUAUCAUUCUUGGUUGAUAACAUAGUUUUAUUCUACCUGGGGAGUGUUUGGGAAACAAAGAGCCAAUUAAAGUGUUUUUAGUUAAAAAAUUUUUUAUUUGUGUGUAUAUAUAUGUUUUGCUUGAGGAGUAUUUUCAACUGUAGAUGUUAGGAUGUUGCGAAUGGUGGUAAAUGACUAGCCUUCUUCCAUCAUGAUUUCCUUCUCUUUCCUGUGUUAUGUUUUGAAAGAUUGGCAGUUCUUUGGCUUUAUCUUGUGUCUUACCUUGGAGUUUCCAAGCCAAAAACUCCGAGCCCUACCACCUUCCCUUUUAAAUAAGCACUUUAAGUAACUGAAGAUGAAUGAUCUGGUGGGAGGCAAGUCAUUUAAUCGAACCACUAGAAAGUCUAUUUUCUUGUUUUUUCCUGCCAAAUUUGAGGGGCAUUUGUGAAAGCUGAUAUCAAAGGCGCUGAGAUUUUAUAUUUAGUUCUUCCAUAGGCAAGCCUUUCUACCGAGCUCAUGUCUCCAGUUGGCAACUCGAGAUGUUUCUGAGCGUCCGAGUCUUGUUUCCAGUGCCUGCCAAUGCUUAGCGCACCGUACUGUAUAGACUGGCCAUCACCCCUCUCCUUGGAAAAUGCCACUGGGCUGUUUGAGAACAAGCAGCCUUUUAGGGCUAGAGUAUUUUAUAUAAACAGAAGAGCUAAGUUCCCGAAGACUAAGCUAGACAGAUGCAGCUAUGUGUAAAUUGUAUAUUUUUAUGAACUUUUGAAGCACGCACUCUCACCUCCCUCUGCAUAGCUUUGUGAGGUUUUGAUGUAUAUAUGCCGUCUGGGAGAGUCCCGAGGUGGGAGGGACAGGAGGAAAUGAGAGCAGAGACUCCGUGGAGCCUUUGAAGGUGACCAGAUCACUGUCUUCACUGUGACCAGUUGGAGCCCCUGAAGAAGGGCUUUCAUACCUCGUUGGAGAUGCCACCUCCAGAGUUCACACUGUACAGGAUAAAAGGCUUUAUUUUCUCCGAAGAUGCAUUGGGAUGUCAGAAGCCCGCAUCCACGUGGACGACAACGGACCGCCAGUGGACCACUAUCAUAUGGUGGGCAGGGGGACUGUAUACAGAUUUUCUCUGGAAGCUGGUUUUGCCCCUGGAUGGAUUGACUGCCCCUCGAGCCUUAGGAGAUGUGGGUCUGUGUGGAUGAAAUAAUAGAGAGGAGAGUCCGGGAGAAACCAUGCCUAUGCAGAACCUUUUCCUGACAGGUGAGAUGCUCCCAUGACUGCUGGCUGCCCUGGCAAGCUGGGUGUAUAAUUACAAAGCUGGGUAACUGGUUGAAACUUCUGAUUUGGGGAAGAGGGUACAUCUGUGUUAGUACUGUGGGGUAUUUUAGGGGGACACAUGUGGGACACAGCUGCAUGUUCAUGUGUGACUCACUAGAUGAAGCUCUGCUUCAACCAUGUAAGGGCAGUUGGGGCAGGAAGACUGGAGAACCCUUCCUCUGAAUAUUCACCCAGCGGUCACUCUCCAUCCAGUGAGAUCAUGUUCUCAGCACUUCCCUAAGGGCAGAAACCCCAUCCUGUCAGGUUAGGUUGGUCACUUUCCCACAAAGAAUGUCAUGGUGAAUCCCUGAGAUGUUUCUCUUCUUUGCAGAGCUGGGGGGGCGGGGUCCCUCCAAGAAAAGACCCAGGCAAGUCAGCAAACCGGAUGCCACCUCCAUAUUGAUUUUAGGAAUUGACUGAAUAAAAUUCUGUGCAGAAUCUCCACUCGUGUGGGGAUAGUAUCAUGACAUUGCUAUUGCAUUAUUUUUCUUAAAGGAAGUGUGUGCUAUCUUUCAGGUACAACUUUUGUGUAAUUAAAGCCAGUACAUUAAGUUUAUAUAGACUACUUUCUAUGCAAGUCUGAGGUAGGAGCAGAUAGCAAGAGACUGUGUGUGCUGUUGGGUACAUGGAUGAUAAGUGUGUUUUCAGAAGGGGUGCCCCCAGUGAGCACGGUUUGAGAGAGGAUGGGUUGUAUGUAUGUUUCUGCCCACUAAUUUUGAGCAGCCAUAUUUUGAAUUAAAUCAUCAGAGUCAAGUAACCCAAGAAUGGUAUUAGUUUCCUGUGUAAUAGCUCAAAUGGAACAGAUAUGAAUGCUGAAAUGUAACAUUGUUCUCCAAUAUUCCAUGUCAUUUCUCACUUAAAACCUCUUGUUAUGAAUUAUUAGAACCUUUAGGCAAAAAUCGAAAGUAUUUGCAGCAAAAUAAAGGCCUACUCUGCUCUUCAAGUGAAACACUGUAUACUUGUUUCUCUCCAAAGUGAAAUUAGAUAUUUAUGAUUUCAGUUGCCUUGAUAAGUUUCCGAAUCACUGGUUUAUGCUGAAGAUUUUACUCUAUUGUCACACAGUCUUAAGAUCAUUUUUGUCUCAAUGUCAACUUUUUUCACUGAAUAAAAAUUUAACUGGGUCAAGAAAA